UUGUUUCAACAUAAAAAUGGGAUCUCUCAUGUAUGAAUUCAAGAAGCAAGCUUCAUUCUUCUUGAAAGAGAAAAUCAAGACUGCAAGAUUGGUUCUCACGGAUGUUACUCCCGUGCAAAUAUUGACAGAGGAAAUAACAAAUGGAGAUUCAAUGGCUUCAAACACGAAUGCCAUGAGAUUAAUAUCACAUGCAGCCUUCGAAGUGGAUGAUUACGAAAGAGUUGUGCAUAUUCUGCAUGAAAGGUUGUCCAAAUUUGAUAUUUGGAACUGGCGAGCCUCUUAUAAGGCUUUGAUUUUGUUGGAACACCUUCUUACCCAUGGACCACAAAGAGUGGCAGAUGAGUUUGAAAGUGAUGAAGACAUUAUUAGAGAGAUGGCAAAUUUUCGAUAUGUAGACGAGAAAGGGUUCAACUGGGGAUUGAGUGUACAGAAGAAAUCUGAAAAAAUUCUGAAUCUUCUUGAAGAUAGGCCAUAUCUCAAAGAAGAGAGAGCAAAAGCAAGAAAAGUAACAUUUGGAAUCAAAGGCUUUGGAAGUUUUAGCAAGUGGCCUGCAGAAGGGGGUCUGAAAGAAGCCAGUUUUGAAAAUUAUUUGAGAUCACAAUCUCUCUUCAAUGGCCAUUAUGAAGAAGAAUUGGCAUCAAAUGAACACACCAAUUUAUUAGCCAUGGAAAAGGCUGCUAAAAGUUCAAAUACAGUGCUUGAUUAUGUGGUAGAAGAGGACCAUCCAUUCUGGGAGAAGGAGCACCAGACUAGAGUCUCCCUACUUUCCUCGGUAUAAUGAAAUGUCAUCGACCAACCAACCUGUCGGGUCUUUUCGUGUUGUUCAUAAGUUGGGAGAAGGUAUGUUCGUCCGGUGGGCCGAGAUAUUUGUUGAGUAGCAGAAACUAGUAAUUGGAACUUGUCUAAUAUUGGGGUUUGGAUGACUAUAUAUGUUUCUUUUUCUGAGGGUAAACAUAGAUGUCUUGUACUCCUCGUACAAUAGACAAUAGUUUGUUGGUGUUUGAUAUGGGUAAACUCAAGCUAAAACAAGUUCAUGGAUUGCAUUUUAUAGGUAGCCCCCAUGUUUCUUCAUGUGAAAUUUUAUACCGAUUAUUUGAAAAUCACUUCUUCGAUACACUUAUUUUUCGUUUUAUAAAUAUGUUGACGAGAUUUGAUUUUA